AACUACAUAUUUGCAUGAAAAGUUAUUGAUAUGGCUGGCUUGAUUAUCCUAAUAUAUUUCUCCUCUCAAGGUAAUUCUGGAAACUCAUCCCAGCAUUCAGAAGCUUCUAAGAACUCAAACGUUGAAGGAGAUGAAGAUUGGUCAGGGGCUUCUCAAAUGCGUAUGAGAAUAGUUUCCUUCAGAGACAAAUCAAUAGAUAAAUGGCAGAGGAAGACACAGGUGACAACUGGUGCUGCUGCUAUUAAAGGCAAGUUGCAAGCUUUUAAUCAGAAUAUUAGCAAGCGAGUUGCUGCUUAUGUGAGAGAUCCAAGUAGAAUGGUCAACAGAAGGCAUAUUUGGGAGUGUAAGAUUAUCUUCUUUAUUCAUUUGACUGUUAAAGAGAUAAUGCAUAUUUACACUCACAUGAACACGUGGACUAAAUUGGACAAGGUAUUCAUAAUAUGCUAUCCUUUUUGA